AUGUUUUCCAGAGUAGCUAGACGUGCAUUUUCUACCACUAAAUUUAAUCCUUACAAGGUCACCGUACUGGGUGCCGGAGGCGGUAUUGGACAGCCUCUAUCGCUGCUGUUGAAGCUAAACCACAAGGUUACAGACUUGAGACUGUAUGACUUGCGUGGUGCCAAGGGUGUAGCUACGGAUUUGUCACAUAUUCCUACCAACUCUGUAGUGCGCGGGUUUACACCUGAUGAGGGAGACGGCCUCAAGGAAGCUUUGAAAGACACUGACGUGGUUCUUAUCCCAGCCGGUGUGCCCAGAAAGCCUGGUAUGACCAGAGACGACUUGUUCUCGAUCAAUGCUGGUAUUGUCCGUGACUUGGCUGCCGCCAUCGCAGAAAAUGCCCCUAACGCGGCUGUUUUGGUGAUUUCCAACCCUGUGAACUCUACCGUGCCUAUAGUAGCCGAGGUCCUCAAAUCUAAAGGUGUUUACAACCCUAAGAAGCUGUUCGGUGUCACCACUUUGGAUGUGAUCAGAGCAUCCAGAUUCAUCUCGGAGGUCGAGGGCACCAACCCAACUACCGAGAAGGUAACCGUUGUUGGUGGUCACUCUGGUAUUACCAUCAUUCCUCUCAUUUCUCAGACCAAGCACAAGUUAAUGGACAAGGAGAAGAGGGAAGCUUUGAUCCACAGAAUUCAAUUCGGUGGUGAUGAGGUCGUCAAGGCCAAGAACGGUGCAGGCUCCGCCACAUUGUCUAUGGCUCAAGCCGGUGCUAAGUUUGCCAACUCUGUCUUGGCUGGCUUCGAAGGUGAAAGAGAUGUAAUCGAACCAACUUUCGUCGACUCCCCUCUCUACAAGAGCGAAGGAAUUGACUUUUUUGCUUCUCCAGUCCAGCUAGGUCCACGGGGUGUCGAAAAGAUUUUCCCUAUUGGUGAAAUCACUGCUGAAGAAGAAGAAAUGUUGGCAAAGUGUAAGGAAACUUUGAAGAAAAACAUCGAAAAGGGUGAGAAAUUCGUCACUCAAGCUUGA